CAUCUGUCAAGCGCCCCCGACCGGUGGGGCGUUCGAGGGGCCCGCGGCGCUCGGGAGACCCUCUGCCGCCUGCGUGCAGCCUGGGGCCGGCAUGGGCGGGGUGGCUGGGCCAGCAUGAUGAGCUCCCUGGGCAGCCCGGUGCGGGCCUACGAUUUUCUUCUUAAGUUCCUGUUGGUGGGCGACAGCGACGUGGGCAAGGGAGAGAUCCUGGCCAGUUUGCAGGACGGAGCAGCCGAGUCUCCUUACGGCCACCCGGCGGGGAUCGAUCACAAGACGACCACCAUCCUGCUAGAUGGCCGAAGGGUGAAACUGCAGCUUUGGGACACCUCGGGGCAGGGGAGAUUUUGUACCAUUUUCCGCUCCUACUCCAGAGGCGCACAGGGUGUGAUCCUGGUCUAUGACAUUGCCAACCGAUGGUCCUUUGAUGGCAUCAAUCGAUGGAUCAAGGAGAUUGAUGAGCAUGCCCCUGGGGUUCCUAAAAUCUUGGUGGGAAACCGGCUGCACCUGGCAUUCAAGCGGCAGGUCCCCACUGAACAGGCCCAGGCCUACGCUGAGCGCCUGGGUGUGACCUUCUUUGAGGUUAGCCCUCUGUGCAACUUCAACAUUACAGAAUCCUUCACGGAGCUGGCUAGGAUCGUGCUGCUGCGGCAUGGGAUGGACCGCCUCUGGAGGCCAAGCAAGGUACUGAGUUUGCAAGACCUCUGCUGCCGUGCUGUAGUGUCCUGCACGCCUGUACACCUGGUAGACAAGCUCCCGCUCCCUGUUGCCUUAAGAAGCCACCUUAAGUCUUUCUCUAUGGCCAAUGGCCUGAAUGCCAGGAUGAUGCAUGGCCGCUCCUAUUCCCUCACUGCCAGCUCCAGCCAUAAGAGGAACAGCUUCCGAAAAGUCAGGACCAUCCGCCCACCCCAGAGCCCGCCCAGAAACUGUGCCAGGAACAACUGCAAAAUUUCUUAGAGGCUGGAAUUGGUGGCAAUGGCCUGUAAUCUCAGCUACUCAAGAGGCUGAGGCAGGAGGAUCACAAACUCAAGGCCCAUCUGAGCUACAGAAUGAGUUCAAGGCCAGCCUGGGCAAUUUCAAGACUCUGCCUCAAAAUUAAAAAGUGGGCUGGCUCUCUGGGAGAGUCUGGAGACAGAGACCUUUCCAGACUCAAGAGACACAUUCUCCAUCUCUUAACGGUAACGAAGCUGCUUCCUUUGAAAUGCCUGUGCCGCUGAUGUGGUAUGAAUGCCCAGUGUGCUGUGACUGACGUUGUGUGGAUGUGCAUGAAGCUCUUGUUCUAGACUUGUGUGUGCAAAGGGGAAAAAAAUAGUAUUCCGCUCUACUCUUGAUAAUAUGAAAUUAUGGAUGUUACUUUUUAUCAUGAUUGUUGUGCAACUUUUUCUGUAACUGCUUUUAUAUGACUGAUAUGUGUGCAUUGAAUACAUGUUCAAGGAAAUUUCAGAAGCAAUGAUAAUCAGAUAGUCUAGCAUUACUGAUACUACAAGAGGGGCCUUUUGUAAACAUUUUAAUGUCAAAGCCCCAACUUAUAAAAAAUGCUGCAGCUGCACAGAUUGCGUAUAACAGGUCUGUCCCAUUUGGGUAGGACAUGGAUUUGAUAAAGUUUUUGCUAUGUUGUUUACUACAUUUUGAAAUUAAUAAGUGAUCUAUAUUCAUAUUUUUCUGUAAACCUACAUAUUUUGUACAAAGUAUCCUACAAGUUAUGAAACUAUGGGAAGAAAAUGCCAAAGAUAUCUCCAAUUAUGUUGAGCAUAGCCAGCAUUGUUUCAACAGAUUAGCAAGGAGAAAGGUAUUUCAGUAAAGGAGAAGUAAACACAGUUAUUUAAAGAAAUGUUUCUGAAUAAAGCAGAUACUUGUUCCUCUCUUGACAGAGUCAUGGUAUCUCUUUCUAGAUCCAGGUACAUCACAG